UCUCCACAAAACCCAAACAAAAAGCCCACAUAAGACUCGGCCCAUAUUUUGUCUCUCCUCCAUCUCUCACCCUUCGACGCCGUACUUCCUUCCCAUCUAACACAACACAAACCCUCCACCCUUCUCUCCUCCACAUUCUACACCAACAAUGGCAUCAACGAUCGGGCCAUCACCACCGUCAAAUCACCUCUCCAUAGAAUCAAUUCCAACCGUCGAUCUCCGUCUUCUCUCUCAAUCAGAACUCACCGCACUUUCUCUCUGCUCUUCCCAUGCUUUCGACCUCCGUCGUUGCGACGACGUUGUUAUCCCCAAAAUCGACCGCUCCGUCUUCAACGAAUCCGCCGGUAGUCGCAAACAAACUUACUCUCGUCUUCGCCUCGCUCCUCGCAACUCCAACAACACAAACAACAACAACAACAACAACAACAACAACAACAACACAAACAACAGCGCACAGAAAACGCGCCCUACUCUCUCUCCUCUAGACGCGGAUAAUUCGCGGAUAAUCUCUCUCUUUAAGUCGUUGUUUAACGGUGGUGAGGGGGAGGAUGUUGAUUACGUUUCCGCGCUUGUACCUGUAAAUGUGGAGUAUAGUGACGCAUUCCUCGAUGAUAGGAAGCGGAAGAGGGGACGGAAGCCGAAUACGAAGCCGAAUAGUACUGAGCCGGAUGUGGUUGGUACUAGUGUGAGUACUGAUGUGAUGGCAAUUGCAUUGGUGGAGGAGAAUAAGGAGGAGGAGGAGAAGGCUAAGGCGAAGGCGGCGGAGGAAGCGGAGAGAGAAUUGGUGAAUAAGAAUGGGGAGGUGGUGGAUUUGGUUGAGUUAGGAAAGAAGGAGGAUCCGUAUGGGGAGGAGAUUAGGAGGAGGACGGAAGGGAGAGAGAAUGCUGAGGAUUUGUUAGGGUUUGUUAGGGAUUUGGAAGGUCAGUGGGGGAGUAGAAGGAAGAAGAGAAAGAUUGUUGAUGCUAAUGUGUUUGGUGAUAUUUUGCCUAAUGGUUGGAAGGUUUUGAUUGCUAUGAAGAAGAAGCAAGGCCGUGCUUGGUUGUUUUGUCGACGAUAUAUAAGUCCUAAUGGACGGUAUUUUGUGUCCUGCAAGGAAGUGUCCUCUUAUCUGCACUCCCUGACUAGCCCUGAAGACUUUAAGCAGCAAACAUCUGUACAGUGCCCUGAGGCUUCAUUGCUCGACAACAAAGUGGCUUCUGAAAAUGCUACAGAUCUAGGAACCAAAAUCGAUGCCCCAUCAUUAUGUGUCACUCCUGAAUCCAAUGGUCAUGAAGGUCAGCAGAAGCUGCUCUCGUUCUCUACUUCUCAGACCAUUGAUAAUGAAAAGCAAUUGACCUUGUAUACAAAUGCUAACCUGGGAGAGGUACAAGCAGCAUCUGGUUUGAAGUGCCACAAAUGUUCCACUCCAUUUGGCGAGAAGGAUGAGCUCUUGAACCACCUUGUUUCAUGUCACAAGAGGAAGCGGCGAAAAUCUGGUGCACCUAUUGAAGAUGACAUUGUGAUGAAAGAUGGAAAGUACGAGUGCCAGUUUUGUAACAAGGUGUUCCACGAGAGGAGCAGUUACUUUGGGCAUGUUGGCAUACAUGUGAAAAACUAUGUGAAGAGUAUCGGUGUCUCACCAGGUCUUGUGGUUACUACCAAGCAAAAGAUUUCCGCUGUCUCUGGUGCUGAGGUCCCUGAAACUAUCCUUGGGACAGUGGGAGAUGUAGAAAUGAAUGUUGCUUCUGUUUCUUCAGCUCCUAAUAUUCUAGCCAGUAGCAAGGUUAAUUCAAACUCGUCUGACAUUAAACCUGAAGCUGUAUCGGAGGCUGAAACGCAUUUUGGAAAUGAUAUAAUUGGCAAAAAUAAUAUGCUUCAGGCUGAGCUGAAAAGAGAAGCAGCUCAAAAUAAUAACAUAUCAGCCGAUGACUCUUUUGAUGAACAUGAGGACUCUGCGCAUAAUAUUGAUAAUAAUGUCAGGGAGGUAGAAGAGGCAGUUGAUUUAGCUGCUAUAAAGUCUGACAAUAAUUCUGGCCCCAAGGAGGUGUAUAAUAAUAAUGAGAACAAUGAUUUAUGCGAGAACCUUGUCAAAAUAAAUGCAACUGCAUCUGUAGGUUCUGAAAUAAGCAAAUCUUCAGUUGCGCUAGUGGAAAGUGACAAGAGUUGUACUCCUUCUGAUAGCAAGCUGGUAGAUCUUGGAAAUGGCGGCAACUUCGAUGUCAACCUUUUGCAACGGGACAGAGUAGUUUCGGAAAGUGAUCUGCUUGUUGAAAAUGAGGAAAAUUUGUCAGGCCAUGAGAACUUUGAAGAUAGACCCAUGGGGCAUAAGACUGCCGAGAAUAGUAUUUUCACUGAAGGUUUGGAAGUUGGGGAUGAUGAUGAGAUGAUAGAUGCUUCCAACAAUGGCGGUCUUGAUCUGGGCAUUGAUGCUGUGAAUGAUCUCCAACACCCUGGAAGCUUGGAUGAAUUUCCAGUUGUCCUUCACAAGGAAGAGGAAACAUGUGGUAUUGCAGCUGAUAGGAUUGAGCUUAUGGAGUCUCCAUUAGCAGAUUCCAAUGAGAACCGUUCUUGUAUUUUAUCAGGGGAUCAGCCUACAACUAUGAUGCAGGACUUUGUCGAGAAAGAUUUUAUUGAAAUGGUAAGUGAGACGGAGGUCGAUAUUUGCAGGUUGGAAGAUGCUGAAGCAACAGUUCAUGCUGACCGGUGUAUUGCUCAAGAAAGAUCUGAAAGCUGUGUGGCUGUUCUAGCUAAGGAUAAUGGUUCUGGUUAUACUGCCAAUGAAGCUGAGACAGCUUUACAAAUCAAAACAGUUCAGCCUAGAGAAACAGGAGGUUUUCAGGUCGAGGAAACUUGUAGCCUUGCAGAAAGCCAAAGGGAGAUGUCAAGUGGAAAUAGUGAAGAGCCUAGAGGCGAUCAAGUUAUGAACUCAAGCAACCUGUUUUUUGCUCCUGCAAGCAAUGAUAGACAUUUAGCUGCUAAUGUCAUAAAUAGCAAUGAUCAUGCACAUAGUGAUGUUUCUAAUGUAAUAGUGGGCUUCAGUAACUUCGUUGAGGAUAAGCAGGAACAAGUUCCAAAAAGUUUCUUAUCUGGCCUUUCAAUGAAUGAGCACAUCCGUGAAGUUUCCAUGGAUAACGUGAUGGCUGUUCCUUCCAGUACAACUACAACGCAGCUGCCUGAACUUGAUAAGGUGGACAGCUCAAGGACUAACAAAAUGCUUUUUGAUUUUGGCAGUAUCCCUGAAAUAAAUACUAGAUUCCCGAGUUCUGUUCAGAAUGAGACAGUUCCUGAAGGGACAUCCCCCUUUUCACUGUGGGGGCAGCAAACAUGUACCAUUGAGAACAACCAAACCAGUAUUUACAGUGGUGCCAGGGGUGUUGCUCAGCAAGAGAGGGCUUCUGAUACCAAUUCACUCAAUCUGAUUGGUCUUCAGCAACCUUCAGAUGUAGGAUAUAAUUUGAACAAGGUCUCUAUGAACGAGCAAGGUUAUAGUGUCCAGCAUUAUGAAACUGGAGUAUACGGAAAAAACAAUGAAGUUAGGGGAGAGGGGAUUUACGGUGGUGCCAGGGGCAUUGUUCAGCAAGAGAGGCCUUCUGAUAACAAUUUACUCAAUCUAGUUGGUCUUCAGCAACCUUCAGAUGCAGGAUUUAAUUUGAACAAGAUAAAUAUGAACGAGCAUAGGUUUGGUGUGCAACGUAAUGAAUCUGGAGCAUACAGCAAAAAUAAUGAAGUUAGGAGAGAGAGGAUCUCUCAUGGCAACACUCUUAAUCUAGCUGGUCUUCAACAGCAAUGUGAUGCUGGAUAUAACUUGAAUAAGCCCUGUGUAAAUCAGCAAAGUUAUGGCAUGCAAUGUAAUGAUACCGGAGCUUAUAGCACUAGUGACGAGUCUAAGCAAGAGAGGGUGACUUACGGAAAUUCUCUUAGUCUAGCUAGUGUGCCCCAAUCAUGUGAGACGAGGUAUAGCUUGGACAAAACAUGUAUUCAGCAAUCAUGUGACACUGGUUUUAGCUUGAACAAGGGAUAUAUGGAGACCAUGCAGGGAUUGUCUAAGCUAAAUGAACUUGGACACUCUCGGGAUCGAGACUUAAUGAUUGGUUUUGGAAAUAGUGGUGGAAGAUCUAAUCAGGGCGUUGCAAACGAUUUUUUAUGGAGAGCAACAGAAGGAAAUAUUUUACCUGGUGGUUUAAUGGAUACUUCAUCAUCCCAGGGACAAUCAUCUGGCUCCUAUCAAGCCUUUGAUUUUCUUUCAGACAAGGGUAGAAAUGAUCUGUAUGCUGCUAAUGAGAAAUUUGAUAAUAUUUCAAAUUUCGAAGGGCUGAGGUCUACCAGUGUGGAACCGAUGGAGUUUAGUUUUAUGACUACGCAAGAGUCAAAUGCUCAAUUGGGGCAUCAAAAAGUCUUGUCAUUUAACGCUCAGAUGGAUCAAGGUUUUGGGUCUUCUGUUUGGCAUCAAAAGCCAACUUCUUUGCCAAAUAUGAUGACAGGACAUGUCGUUAGCACAUUGUGUGUGUGGUGUGGAAACGAAUUUCAUCAAGAUUCACUCGGCUGUGAAAUGCAAGCUGGUUCAAUUGGUUAUCUAUGUCCAACCUGCAAGGCUAGAAUGUCAGGCCAGUUUCUGUAGAUAACUUGUUCCCUCAUUUGUUGUCAGGGCCCAUUUAAAUGAACAUUUUUAUAAAAAAAAAUCUGGAUGAUUUGGAGUUGACUUAGAUGGUGGUCUGUGGACUGUGGGUUUCGAGUCAAGGACGCCGACAUGAUAUGCUAAAGUUGGCUUGGCCCUUGGGUUUCGACAUUAUUUUGGUUUUUGAAUUUUGAUUUCGAGUUAUUAUUUAUUGGAUGUAAUUGGAUACCAAGUCAAUUUAGGUUUGGUGCUAUCUAGUUCCUUUUUAACUAUACGUGGAAUAGGUUUAAUUGUAUCGAUAAAUUUGGUUAUCUUGCUUAAAUGUAAGGUGUGUUUUAAUCAAUUUAUUUUUGCUUAUUUGAUCUAAA